UGGUUCGAGUUUUUUGUACUCCCCGCAUUGUAUUAUCGCUACUCACGUGCCUGGCUUCCUAAACUUGACCUUUAUUUGCAUAGGUUCCAACCUUCCUACCCGAUCCAAAACCCUAACCCUAAUUAUUUGAAACAAUCGUGACAACAGACAAUCAAUCAAUCGAUUGAUCAAAUAUUCUUUCUCUACCUUCUUCCUUCAGUCUGAAUCUCAAAACAGAUCGCGUUAUUCAGACAGACAAUCAAUCAAAAUGGUGUUAGCACAGCUAGGAGGGAGUAUUUCGCGUGCUCUUCAGCAGAUGAGCAAUGCCACCAUCAUCGAUGAAAAAGUUCUGAAUGAAUGCCUCAAUGAGAUCACGCGCGCUCUCCUUCAGGCGGAUGUUCAAUUCAAGCUGGUCAGAGACAUGUCUACAAAUAUAAAAAAGAUAGUGAAUUUGGACGAUCUCGCUGCUGGCCACAACAAGCGUAAGAUCAUCCAACAGGCCAUAUUCAAUGAGCUUUGCAAAAUGUUGGAUCCUGGGAAGCCGUCUUUUACUCCAAAGAAAGGGAAAGCAAGUGUAGUCAUGUUUGUAGGUUUGCAAGGGUCUGGGAAAACAACAACAUGUUCAAAAUAUGCAUAUUACCACCAGAAGAAGGGCUGGAAACCAGCUCUGGUGUGUGCAGAUACAUUCAGAGCUGGUGCUUUUGACCAGUUGAAGCAGAAUGCUACUAAAGCUAAAAUUCCUUUUUAUGGAAGCUACAUGGAGUCAGAUCCUGUUAAAAUUGCAGUAGAAGGUGUUGAAAGAUUCAACAAGGAAAAUUGUGAUCUGAUAAUUGUAGAUACCAGUGGACGCCAUAAACAGGAAGCUGCGCUCUUUGAAGAAAUGCGUCAAGUUUCUGAAGCAACGAAACCGGAUCUUGUUAUAUUUGUUAUGGAUAGCAGUAUUGGUCAAGCUGCAUUUGAUCAAGCUCAAGCAUUCAAACAGAGUGUUGCAGUUGGAGCUGUGAUUGUUACUAAAAUGGAUGGUCAUGCAAAGGGAGGUGGCGCUCUUAGUGCAGUUGCAGCAACAAAAAGUCCUGUCAUAUUUAUUGGAACUGGAGAGCAUAUGGAUGAGUUUGAAGUUUUUGAUGUUAAACCAUUUGUCAGCCGUCUUUUAGGCAUGGGUGACUGGUCUGGGUUCAUGGACAAAAUUCAUGAAGUUGUUCCUAUGGAUCAACAGCCUGAGCUUCUGCAAAAGCUUUCCGAAGGGAACUUUACCUUGAGGAUUAUGUAUGAGCAGUUUCAAAACAUACUCAAAAUGGGUCCUAUUGGCCAGGUUUUUUCGAUGCUUCCGGGAUUUAGUGCAGAGUUAAUGCCAAAAGGCCGUGAGAAAGAAAGCCAGGCAAAAAUAAAACGUUAUAUGACUAUGAUGGAUUCAAUGACUAAUGAAGAAUUGGACAGUUCUAACCCAAAACUCAUGAAUGAUUCACGAAUAAUGCGGAUAGCGAGAGGAUCAGGUCGUCAAGUUAGAGAAGUAAUGGAAAUGAUGGAGGAAUACAAGCGUCUUGCUAAGAUCUGGAGCAAGAUGAAGGGACUCAAGAUUCCUAAGAAGGGAGAAAUGAGUGCCUUGUCCCGAAACAUGAAUGCACAACAUAUGAGCAAAGUCCUUCCUCCACAGAUGUUGAAGCAGAUUGGUGGCAUGGGUGGCUUACAAAACUUGAUGAAACAAAUGGGGUCUGCUAAAGACAUGAUGGGGAUGUUUGGAGGUGGUGACAAAUAGAAUCUUUCCACAACCCAACAUCGAGCUCAAGCCAUUGCCAAAUACCGACUAUAAACAUUAUUUGGCAGGAGGAGAAAGCGUCUGGACUUCCAAAAGUCAGGUCAUUAAUGCCCGCUGCUUUGCUUUUCUGUAGUAGUUUUAUUAUUUUUAAUUUUUUUUCAGGACAAUUUUUAUUUUUUUUACCUCAUAUAGAAUGAAAGACUUGUUUUAUUUUUUGUAAAAUUGAAGCAAGCAGCCAAAAUUUACCAUUGUAUGUAUUCAGGGCAAGCGGCCAAAUUGUUCAUAAGAAUUGAAAUGAAGUUUCAGAUCACA